CGAUUGGUUUGUCCGUCUCUGUCGUGCGCUCACCUCGACGGAUGACGCCGUUCCCGCUGAUGACGCUCUGCGGGAGCUGCCGGGCGCGGUGACGACCUGCCGGGUGACGCCGCUCUCACGAGGUCAGGGGUCAGCCGACAGCCGUCGACCCUGUGACGGCGGCGGCGCGGCGCGGUGGCAGCGGUGGUGGCGGCGGCGGCGGGCGCCAGUCGGUCUAGCGGUGUCCGCUCUGUCGGUUUGGUGCCCGGUGGGAAGGGCCGAUCGUACUGAACCGGACCCACAUACAGACGGUGGAUCAGUGAGGAACAGGACAUACGGCAGAGAGAUUGCGAGAAGUUGAAGGCCGGAGUCCGACCUCGUGAGGUGGUGACGAAGUUUUCGUCAAAAACCUUCCGUUUAUGGAUAUUUUCUCGUUUUGAGUGAUAUGAGAUCACAGAAAGCUCAAGAAUAGGUAGGUUCUCAGGUGGCGCCAGAACAUUCAGCGGCAUCAAAGUGUUCCUUGCAUUGAUUAAUUUUACGAAGUAGGUGGCUGCGAUUUGGAUUAAUUACCAUGUGGCGGUACCGUGAUGCCAGUCAAAUGGCGUCAAUAACUCAAUAACAGUGGUGUCCAACAAUACCAAGCACCUAAUGUGAGCGCGCCCGAACGGUAACAUGUGACGUUUUAUAUGGAAUCGGAGCUGCAGUGAUGCCGCCUGCCGUCCGUCUUUGGUGGCUUUUUGUCCUUCUGUGGUCCAGUAAAGUCUCUGGCUUCUGUCCAGACGGCUGCGUCUGUCCCAGCGAAAUUCAGGUCCUCUGUAUCGACGCAGGACUGACCGCUCCACCACGGAGGCUGCCGGCCACCGUACAGCACCUCUCACUGGCCGGGAACAGAAUCCGUCGACUGCGACGCGCCGCCUUCAUCAAACUACCCCAGCUGCGCACCCUCGACCUGGACAACAACCGCAUCCGUCGGGUGGCACCGUUCGCCUUCCUCGGCCUGCUAUCGCUGGAGCGGCUCUCGCUGCAGGGAAACCCUCUCGGCGAGCUGGCUGGAUUCUCUCUGGGCGGUCUGCGCAACAUCACCUACCUCUACGUGGGUCACAGCGGCGUGCGGCGUGUCCGCCCACUCGCAUUCAGUACCUCAGCUGAUGUGAGGCUGAUCAGUCUCGGGGGUAACCCGGCGGCGGCGCUGGAACCGCGGGCCUUCGCUGGUCUCCAGAGAGUGCACCACCUCCUGCUGCCGGAGCGACUGCAGCGGGUGGCCGCCGGAGCCUUCUCAGGCCUGCGGGAUGUGGACGUGCUGGUGGUGCGGCAGCCGCAGCUGGAGAACCUGCCGGCUGGCCUACUCAGCGGCCUCCAGCGGGCCGCGCGGCUGACAGUGAUCGGUGGGGAGGUGGGUGUCAUGGAUCGCCACUGGAUGGAAGGUGUGGGACCGGUGCAGGUGAUCAGCUUCACCAACGUCACGAUCGGAGAGCUGGGUGGACUGAACAUCACCGGUCCUGUUGGACGGCUAGAGAUGCGAGGAAACCGGGUCCACGCGGUGGCUCUGAGUGAUGUUCUUACUCUCUCCCCAUGCGCUGAGGAGAGACUGGUCCUUGUGGAUAACUUGCUGCCGUGCACGUGCGAUCUACACCGGCUGAUGACUGCCCUCCGUGGUGCCGGCUAUAAUGUGACGCGCUUCUCGGAGCAGAAUAGAUGUCUGACGCCGCCAGUGCUCCAACAGAGACAUAUCAGUGGCGUGAGCCUGCCGUCGGCAGAGGAGUGUGCCGUAAGAGACAGGGAGGAGUUAGAGCGGAGAAAGAGCGAGGAGGCCUUCCUACGGGCCAUGGCGUCGGCCGGUCGCUGCUUUGGGGUGACGAUAUACUCUUCUCUGUUCACACUUUUGUUGCCGUUUGUCAUAAAUAUCGUAGUGACGUGAAUAAUGAUGCUACGUCAUUGUGGUGACCGUUUCUGUGUUUGUUCGUUAUCGUAUGUGCUUAGCACCAUGUAAAUGAAGACUCUGAAAUAUGCGAUUCAUGAAAGCUGGGAUAGUAGCGAUAGGGAUUAAACUAGCCACUGGCACAAAUAGCUCUGUAUCCGUUUUUAAUCUUAUUUUGUUAUUUAAAAUACGCUUAACACGAUAAACGAACUGCUCUUGGGGAAAACGUGCUCGAGCGAACACGUUGCCACAUAUAGGUACUUACAUGGCCUACAGCGGGAAGUGUAUCUUAUAAAUGUAAAACACGCUGCUCGGUAAAUGAAUAAAUGCUAUGUCAA